CUAGGUUGUCACCCACUAGCUGACGCCGAGGGUCACCGAUGGCAAAACCCGCCUGCAUGGGUCUUGCCUAUAGUCUGUUGCUGGCAGCAGCAGCAACUUUUUACCAAAGCUGUACAUAGACUGCGUCUGCUGGAGCUGAUUGGAUAAUGGCGGGGGCAUUGCAUUGCGCCUUCCUGUACGGAGGUGCCCUCCUUGUCGUUGCUGUUCAGCUCAUCAGAAGUGUGGAGGCUCGCGUUAUAAACUACCCUAAGGCGCCUAACGAGACAUACACCGUGUGCACAGUCUCAAAUAUCCCCUACUCCACCUGUGAACUAAGCUCUACCGACAGCUCAACCUAUGGAGGCUAUGCCGUCAAAGUGUUUGAGAAGGCUGCCUCAAAAGUGGGCUGGUCAGAGGACGACUACACUUGGGCUUGCCUGGACUACGACGUUAUGCAGAACGACAUUCUAAACUCAUCAGUGCAUGGGUUUUGUGACGCGGCAGCAGUAGAUAUGCAGAUCCGGCCCAAUUUCCUUGCCCAGGGCGUCCAAUUUGUAUAUCCAGACUUCCACAACAACCUGGCGGUGAUGAUCCAUGCCAAAAUAGAACAGCCGGACGGCUGGAUCUUCACCAAGCCCUUUGCAUGGCAAGUUUGGGGAAUGCUUAUUGUGGCUGCCAUUGCAGUAAGCGUUGGGGUUCACUUGGUCGAGGUACUUUCAAAGCAGUUCACAAGUCGGGAAGUCAGAGCGGGGGUGUCUCUGACGGGUGAACACGGCUUGUUUGAAUCCAUGUGGAUGGCCUUGGGCCAGAUAGUUUCCGCCGCCUCUUUGACGGGGAUCUCCCUGGCUUCCCGCCUCAUCAUCCUCGUGUGGUGCUUCAUGAUACUCCUUCUCCUGACCAUGUAUACCGGAAACGCAGCGGCCCUGUUGACCACUCAACAAUUCAAAACCACCAUCAACUCAAGAUACGACCUGCGUGGUAAGACUUUUGGCGCUUGGGAAGGGGAUGCUGAAACACUCAAUAGCUUUGCACUUCUCCCCAAACUCUAUCCUUGGAACACCGAUGAGGAAUUCCAGGUUAUGUUAGAUGACCUUCAGAGCGGGGACAUCGUUGCGCUCGUCCUUGACAUUGCCCUGGUGCAAUACCUGGCCUCAACGGACUGCAACUAUCAUCUGCAAGACCAGUUUGCUUCCAUGAACUAUGCAACGGCAUUCUGGCCCGGAACGAACCCUGCAUUGGUAGCUCAAUUCAGCGCAGCAGUACUGGAAAUGGAGGUGUCUGGGGAGCUGGACAUGCUCCAAUCCGUACAUUUCACGCAGGGGGCAAGCUGCCCUGUGCUGUCCGCAACCACAAGACCGGUGACGUUCUCGCAGGUGUUUGGACUUUGGGUUGUGCUGGCCGUGAGCAUUGCGGUGGCUAUCAUAAUAUCCAUCCUCAACGGUCAGAUUUCAAAGCGGAAGUACGUGAAUAAGCUGACGAGCAAGGUGAUUGGACAAUGGAAUGUUAGGGGCAAGAAAGCACCCGAAGAAAUUGUGCAAGGGACUGACGUCGAAUCUGGGGAUUGCAUUGAAAGGGAGAGGCCGGCGACUAUGAGAGCUCCAGCCAGUGAUGGAGAGGAUGCUACUCCCGCCACAAAUCCUUCAAAGAACAAGUUCAAAAGCGCAUUACAAAAAGCCGUCCGGAGUGAGUCAAGUCAACUUUAGACGUGCACCUAAAUAGUAUUCUACUGCAACGUAGUUAGUUACACGGCAAUAUAGAAUCAUAGAAGCGAGGAGUGAUUGGCAUAGCUAGUUGUACAUUAAUGCACGCACAGUCCACUUGCCUCGUAAGAGGUCGUGUAACAAGACCCUUGCAAGCGCGUAAGAGGUUGCACAAGCGUCAUACCUAGCCAAUAAUGCCUUCGACCACUGUACUAAUUAACAUGCUAGAAUUAAAGGUCCACGAUGACCGUCCGUACUAGCUGAUUCGCUCUCCCGCAUGACAGUCUCCUAAUUGAUUUUGG